UUGCCGUAUGGUUGCUAGUGAAAAGUGCGCUGUGGCUUCAAUUAGUGCUGUUUUCUUUUGUUUUUAUUGUUUAAACUAAUUGAAAUGCAUAAAGUAAAGUAUUAAACAUAAAGUAUGCAGCUUCGGUGAGCGAUUCCAAUAAUAAACUGUUAAAUUUAUGUCUUCCUUUGCUGUUGGCGAAAAUUGCGUCUUUCGCUCCAAUAUGGACUCUGACGAUCUAGAUGACACUCAUUUGUGCAUUAAAUGCAAUGCCACCAUAGUGGGACUCGCCAAGUACAUUGAACACCGCAAAACCAAUUGCCUGGUGGAUACACCGAAAGCCCAGAGACCAGUGACGCCGCCUGCCACAAGAGCAGAGGCUGCCACUCAGAAGCUUUCGCCUACGGCGAUACUCAGCAGCACACAUUUGGAUCACUCUUACGAUGGCUUUCAUUUCGCCGAGCCCGAGGCGCCAAGCAGUUAUCUGAGAAAAACGACAACGAGCCAUGGUGGAAAGACCUCCAAGUCCUUGACGGAAGCCUACGAUUUGCCCUACGAACUGGGAGCUGAUUUGUUCUUCUCCUCCCUGCAACUGCAGAGUGUUUCAACGGGUGGAAAGACCGUGUCGAGACCCAAAGAGGAGGCAUGGGAUGGGCCAAAUAGAGCAGCAGCCAAAGAGGAGUCCUGGACAGCGGCUAGAGAUCCUGUACUCAAGGCAGUACGAGAUGAGUCUGUCUUUAAGCCACUUAACUUUGUGCACGACUCCCCGGAGCCCAGCGAUGAGGAGGAUGAAGACGAUGACGAUCCGGAUGACUCUUUCGAUGUGGAGGAAGACGAAGCCGAUGAGGAGUACGAUGUGGUACAGCACUCGCCACCAGCAGUGCCUGCCACGCAUACGGGUGGCAAGUGGAAGCCCGAGCAUCGUCCGCAGCUGCGUCACACCCACCUGGAAAGAAUAUCGCCCAGCUGGGAUGAGCCCGUGGAAGAGGUCUACGCGCAUCCUCCUGAAGAGCACACCAAGGGCAAGUGGGUGCCCGGCAGCAAGCAGCUGGAGUACCGCGAGAACAUAGACCUGACGAAGCUGCAGCAGCCGGGCAUAAGCUAUUGGUGCAACAUCUGCUGCAGGCGCUUAAAGAGUCGCUGCAACUACGAUCGGCAUCUGCGUUCCGGCUACCAUUUGAAAAGAGCGGAGACCGAGUGCCAGCUGGAGCAGGCCACACUCGGCGGAAAGCUUACUCUAAGCAGGGACUUUAGUCUUCCAGAGCUGGAGGAGCAGCCAACGGAGGAGCCUGUGUCCCCCAAAAGGAAACGCCGUGCGCAUCUCCUGCGCUGCGAUCUGUGCCGCCACACGAUGGCCAGGCAUUUGAUGGGCAAGCAUCUGAUUUCUCAUUACCACUACCGACGCCUUCAGCAGCAGACGCCGCUGCGGAGGCAGUCCUUUCUGCAGGACAUACUCGACCACAUGGACAGCAUUGUGCGUCAGGCGCCGUUCCAGUGUCUGCCCUGCAGCUUCUAUGCCAACACGGAGGAGGCGUUCCUGCAGCACUGGCGAUCCGAGGAGCAUUUACAGCGGGUGAAGGCGACAGGUGGCAGCUUCUGGUGCAGCUACUGCCAGUUUGAGUGCGACUCCAAUGAUGUGAUGUGGGAGCAUAUGCUACACCCCUGCCACAAGGAUGUGGUGCUGGCACUCAACCGAUCCGUGCCCAUCUGCAUUGCCCAGCGGAGUCGCCUGCAGUGCUCUGCUUGUGGCGAGAGUUUCCUUUACAAUAUGCAGCUGCGUCGCCAUUUUGCAACGGAUCAUGCGGGUGAGACGCCCACCGACACGGCCGCCGAUGACUAUCAGAGUCGCUUUCGGUGUGGCAUAUGCGGAGCACCACAAAUGUCCCGUCUGGCGCUGCAGCGGCACGAAAAAUACAAGCACAAGCUGGAGCGCUACUACUGUGGGAUUUGCCACUUGGAGUUUGAGACGGCGCUGGAGGCGCGUCGCCAUCGGAGUCUGCUGCAACACAAGCUGCGGUCUACGCCCCAAGACAGGAUUGCCCCACAGUCGGAUAAGGUGUUGGAGCGCAUGCUACGCGAGGUCCUCGAGGAUCGACGACCGAAUACACCAGCCGAAAAGAAGCGACUUGUCGUGACCAUCAAACAAUGCGCCAACUGCCAGAAGAUCUUUGACUCACCUCAAGCUCUGGCCCAGCAUCGAGCGCAGGCGCAUCCCACGGAUAAUCAUGCCUGUCUGAGUUGCGGCGAGAAUUUCCAUUCUCCCCAGGCACUGGGCAGGCACAAUCGUAGCUGUCAGCCCACGGCAAGCACAUCCUCCGCUGGUAGUACAGACGCCAGCAAGUCCUGGAGCUGCGAUCUGUGUGCUUUCAGAUGCGAAUACGAAUCGGAUCUCCUGUAUCACAGCUUCUUUCACACUCGAACGGGCUCCAUUGGCAGCAACGAGCUGCUGCAGUGUCCGCGCUGUCCGAAACGAUUCAAGAUGUACUCCCUCCGGCCGCAUCUCAGAACUCACACCAAAGAAAAGAUCUUCGAGUGUGCCGUGUGCCAGAUGAAGUUUGGCAGGCGACACAAUCUCAAGAAUCACAUUUCCACGAUGCACAGCCAGAAGGUUAUAAAGGAGAAACCCAAACGGACAGUAAAGGCUGUGCCCAAUGAAGAGAAACCCAAAUUUCCAUGUACAGCAUGCGGGAAACUGCUGGCAAAUAGGAUUUCCCAAAAGCAUCACGAGCAGAGCCAUGCCCUGAAUGUGGAGCGUAGCUAUCCCUGUCAUGUCGCGGACUGUACAUUUGCGGGUGCUACGCUGGUGAGUCUCCGCACUCAUUUGGUCUCGCAUUCACAGGGCACAUACAAGUGCGAAAGGUCCCAAUGCAAGUAUGUGGGAAAGAGCGAAUUGCAUUUGAAAAGGCAUCUCAAGUCGGUCCAUGGCACGGAGCAGGAUAAAUGGUACCCUUGUGAUCAAUGCGAGUUCAGGGGCCGUAGCAAGGACAAACUCCGACGGCACGCCAUCAGUCACUCGGUCGAGAAGUGCCACAAGUGUCCGCACUGCAGUUUCCGUUGCAAAAACAUCGACAAUCUACGCAAACACGUGAUGAAAACUCGCAAGCAUCCCGGGAAAUUCAUGUACGAAUGCAAAAAGUGCUCGGAACAGAGAGCGAAGGAAAUUUACAAUACCAACAGCUACCUGGAGUAUCAGCGACAUGUGGCCACACAUGAAAAUAAAUAAGAUGAUCUUUCUACUCAUAAACAUUUAAAUAAAUAAUCUAAAACGAGAAGGGACGUGUUGUCGCUCUAACGCGUCACAA